GUUAUGAACCGUAAUAGAAACAAUAUGUCAUAUUCGCAAAUGGCCAAAGCCAUGAGUGGAAAUCCCUCUGGACCAUUGAACAAAACUUAUGUAGAAAAUAGGCUGAACAAAAUCGAGCAACAGAAAUAUCAGUAUUAUGAUGGCUCUAGUAGUAUUGUGGGAAGCCCAUUUUAUCCAAACGGUAAAAGAAAUAGCCAAUUUACUUCUCCAAAUUUUAUAUCAAAUGCAGUAUUUUACGAGCCAAGUACUAAUUUAAGCCUACCAAAGGAUCAAAUGUACAAAACAACGACUGGAAUGAAUCAUAGUGCUUCUUGCGACAGGUUAAUGGAGCAUAGAAGAGAUCAACAAAUGACUCUUCUUCAUGGUUGGAGCCAUAGGAAAUAACAACCUGAAUAUCAAAAAUAUGACAACUUAUGAUGUGGAGAUUGGUACCAACAUCAACCAAGUUUAUAUGAAUAAUUUGAAAAAGCGAUCAUACUCAGCGAUUCCAGGAAGAAAAUUAGAGACCAAACAAAAUAGGCCAGUUGACACUGAGCCAGUCAAGAAAGCGGCAAAUAUUGAGAGAAAAGACACUGAAUUGAAGGCUGAAGGAGAGGAAGCUCAUCAAAGUCCAAGACCAGAACAUCUUUCUAAAAGCCAGUCUCAGAACAGUAGGUCCAAAGUAAGAUCAUCGAAAGAAGAAGACAGGAAUUUGGGACAAAAAUUGCCUCCAAAAGCACCAAUGAAUCAGAAUAAAGUGGGAGAGCAAUACAGCUUCCCUAAAGAAAAACCUCAAAUAGAACUAUAUUCAGAAAAGAGUGUUCCUAAAUCUAGCAGAAGAAGCAGCAAAUGAAGUAGAAGAAGCAGCAAAUGAAGCAGUAGAAGAAAUAGUAGAGCUGAUAGUGCAUCUCAAAAUAUGAGAAAGGAAACUCCAGUUUCUCAAAGUGGAAGAAGCAGCCAGACUUCUCUCCAGAGCUAUACCGACUCAAGAAGAAGCAAGAAUAUGAAAAACAAGGUUCGAAGGAACAGCAGGAAGGGGCUGAGGCAAUCCUUUUCAGCAUUUGAUAUUCGCAACAACAACUAUGAUAGAAUCAGCCGCCAUGAUUCUGAUAUUGACUCUAAAGAUAAAUCAAUAAACUACCUUGAGCAAGUUCAGAAUGGAGAUGGCUGGGCAUGAAUGUGGCUCAAUCACUUCAAGAGAGAACAGGAAAUGAUGAACAGGAGGCUCAACAAAUAUGAGGAUAGAAAUAAUAUGGUCAUGCAAAACCCAGCUACUUUUGGCCAUGAUUAUGAACACCUCUCUAAUCAGCGUAAGAGACAACUCAGGAAGUCUAACCUAGACGGAGGUGAUGGAAAUGAAUUUGUUAAAAACAUGAGUGGAUGUCCAGUCCAAAAAGUACACAAGCUUAAGACUAGAAAAAGAGAGAAACUGAAGAAGUAUCUCCUUAAACAUCCUCUCGAAUCUAACGCUUAUGACAAAUCUAUUCUACAAGGUGAUGGAGUUGGUUUAAAUACCACUCCUGACUACAACUAUUACAAAAUCCUCGAUCGAGAGAAGGAAAAUUUCAAACACGAGAUCCAGAGCCAAGUAAGGGCCAACAAAGAGAGAAAAGACCAAGAAGACAUUAUCCAAAGACAAGACGACCAAAAGAACAGUAAAAUAUAUAUGAAAAAGAUGAGAAUUAUCGACAGACUUCAGAACGCGAACAUCCAGAGACAAAGGAAAGGUCUCAGGAAUGACAUGAACUACCUGCUCAACAACCAAAGACUUCACAGCAGCUUCUGCUAAGACCUUG